AUGCCCCUCCACACUGAACCAUCGACGGGCGCCUCGAUCAAAGAACUCCUCAUCGAGGCCUGCCGCCGCAACAACACCGACCUCCUCCUCGAAGUCCUCCACGACAAGCCCGACGCCGAAAUUACCGCCCUCCUCAACAACACCACCACCGUAAUGGGCAACCACCUCUACCACGAGGCCGCAUCCCACGGCAACUACGAAAUCAUCGACCUCCUCCUCGACCAACCCUCGUUCGAAUGCGACCCGAUCAACCGCCUCGAGGGCGACACGCCGCUGCACACCGCCAUCCGCUGGCUCAACGCCGAGCCCCCCGCCCAGCGCGCCUUUGGCAAGGCCCUCGUCGAGAUGAUGCUCGAGGCCGGCUCGAACCCGCGCGUCAAGAACAAGGGCGGCCUGACGGCCCUGCAGCUCGUCGACCCCCGCAACGCCGAGCUGCGCCAGCUCAUCCAGCAGCACGAGUAUACGAACCAGAACGCGGGCGACUUCAUUACCGUCGACGCCGGCGCCGCCAACAACAAGGGGAGUAGUAACCAUGCGGCGGCUGUGGGGCAGCAGGGCGAUGGUGGUGAUGAUGAUGAUGAUGCCGAGUUUAGCGGUAGUGACGACGAGGAAAGGGCCGAGUGGGAGCGGAGGAGAAGGGAAAGGCGGAAAUGA